UAUUCAAGAAACUUAAUCCGUAUGGCUCCAUCUGUAAGUGGAAGGUUCAUUUUGGAUUUAACAAUUAAGACAAAGAAAAGGUUGCAUUGUAAAAUUCACAUGCGUGGGUGGAGUCAAAGAUAAUAAUAGUAAGUAAAAGAUAGGUCAGAUAGGAACCAAAAGGGCAUAAUAGUCAUCAUCAUCCUUCUCCUCCUAAAAAGGGAAAAGAAGUCGCAUUGAGAAAGAAGAGGAGAGAAAAAAGUGGCAUGAGGUAGAUAGGAGAGGUGAAUGUGAGAGCAGAUGUGGCAUUGUGGCAUGUAUGCGUCUUAAUGCCCAUUUUCUCAACCAAAACGGCCCCUUUCUGCAUGUCUUGAGAUUUGCACGUUUGCAUGAUUCAUUACCAUAUUUCAUCAAAUUCAACCCUACCAAUGAUAGAUGCAGACGUUGUUUAGCUCCUCUUAAUCAUUCUUCUUCCUUUGUCUUGCUUGAAUCCUGAACGGCUGUUGUCUCGUGACGACAACAUCCGUAAUCAUCCCUGUAUAAUUCUUUGCGAACAAAUUGUAGAUAACACAUCAAUCUUUAUCGCAUUCAAGAAUCUGAAUUGCAGCCCCUGAGCUCUCCCUGCAUUCAUUUUUUCAUUUCAUUCACCCCUUGAGACAACAAUCAAGGGGGCGAAAAAAUGGGUGCAUGCUGUUCAUGUCAUACUGGUGGCAGGUUUGAAUAUCCUGUUGAAGAAGAAGAUGAAGAAAGAGAGGUUGAACAUGAGGAUAUCAUAUUGAGAGGCCAUGCUGGUGCACGUGUCCGGCACCAGGGAUCCUCUAAAUAUGUGUCUAUGUACACCCAGCAAGGUAAAAAAGGGACCAACCAAGAUGCCAUGACUGUCUGGGAGAGCUUUUCAGGGGACAAAGACAUGUUCUUUUGUGCUGUGUUUGAUGGACACGGACCUUCUGGCCACAAGGUGGCACAAUAUGUCCGUGAUCUUUUGCCAGCAAAAAUUUCUUCGCUGUAUAAACAAUCAAGCGUUGAUGGGAAGAAUGCUGUUCUUGAUAUUGAAACUGGAGCUGAUGACCGCAACCAAAAUAUGGAAUCUAAAAAUCCUUUACUAUUAUCAUGGAAAGCUAGAUUGACCAAGAGCUUCCAGGAGAUGGAUGAACAACUUGGGGCGGAUGGUUCGGUUGAGACCUACUGCAGUGGUACGACGUCUGUUUGUGUGCUUAGAAAGGGUGAACACUUGAUAAUUGCGAAUUUAGGGGAUUCUCGUGCAGUCCUUUGCACAAGGAAUGAAAGUCAACAGCUUGUUUCUGAACAACUGACAGUUGAUCUGAAACCACAUCUUCCAGCUGAAGCAAAGCGAAUAACAAGUUGCCAAGGCAGAAUUAUGGCAAUGGACGAAGAACCAAACGUGUAUCGGAUUUGGAUGCCUAAUGAAGACUGCCCUGGUCUAGCCAUGGCAAGGGCUUUCGGGGACUUUUGUUUAAAGGACUUUGGCCUCAUCUCAACACCUGAAGUUACUUACAGAAAGCUCACAGAAAGAGACGAAUUUGUAGUCCUAGCAACUGAUGGCAUAUGGGAUGCACUAUCAAACGAUGAAGUAGUAAAGAUUGUGGCAUCAGCACGAAAACGAUCAAUGGCAGGGAAAUUACUGGUAGAGAAAGCAGUCAGGGCAUGGAAAUACAAAUUCCCUCGUGCCAAGAUCGAUGAUUGUGCUGUCGUCUGCUUGUUCUUCAAGCGCCAGAAGCCCGUACUCACAAAAUCUGCAUCAGAAGUCACUGAGCUUAGCUUUAAUUUUACUGAGCUAGAAGCACAGAGUAUAGCCGGGAGAACUGAUGACGCACUUGACACAGUUUUGGAUUGCAGAAUUGACGGAAGCCCAGAGGAUACUAAAACUGGAGCUGGUAAGUCAGAUCCUACACUGAACCGUCCAAGGAGGAGAAGGCCAGCAAGGAAACUUGAGUACGUUGGAGAGUAAAUGAGGGAUUGAAUUACAUGCCUCAACUACUUUUAAAUAGUUGGGAAAUAUACAAGGCAAAGAGUAGUGUAAGAAUUCCUGGUUCAAUGCAAACAAGAAGCGGAAUAUACACAUGGAACGGAAGCGGCACACGGGCACUCCACAUAUAUAUAUAUACACACACACACAUAUAUGCCUGUACAUUUCUUGCAUACUAUUGUUGUUUGGAUGCAAAAGCAUCGCCUGUAACUGAACAUAAUCUUUUUCCUUUAUCUUUUCUUUUUCUUUUUUCAAAAUUUUCACGUUUUCCUUCUUCCUUUUAAUACCUUAACCGAAAUUGAUGUAGUUUGCGAAUCGAAGUUAUUCAUUGAAGCUUGAAUAAGCUGAACAAGAAUCAAAAUUUAAGUUGUAAAAUAGUUUUUUCCUUGUAUUAUUGGUUUUUGGUGGUUGUUCGAAUAAAAACAUGACCAAAUAUAAAGCAAAUCAAAAUGCAGGAUUUGUACGGCGAGUUCAGAGUUUUCAGAUGCAAUAAUAUCUCUUGACCUGAACUCAAGUCUACUUAUGCGGAUAUGAAGUAGUUGGGGUAGCCUGUAUUUGCAAACAGAUUUGCAACUGUCGCGAGUGUUAGCUCUACAACU